GGAGCGGAGACCCUGAGCCAGAGACCCCUAAAGUCGCAGCCCAAGAGCCCCGAGUCAGAGGGGACACAAAGGCAGAGAGGGGGAGACUGCGACGGCCUAAAAAUACAGGAGCAAGAGACUGGCCGCCGGAGACAAAGGGAUGUAGAAACCUGAGAGAUAGGACAAGGAGUAUGUGGGGUUCGCCGCCCUCCCCAACCAGCUGCACCGCAAGUCCGUCAAGAAGGGUUUUGACUUCACACUCAUGGUAGCAGGGGAGUCAGGCCUGGGAAAAUCCACCCUCAUCAACAGCCUGUUUCUCACCAAUCUCUACGAGGACCGGCAACUGCCAGAGGCCAGUGCUCGCUUGACACAAACACUGACCAUUGAGCGCCGGGGUGUGGAGAUCGAGGAGGGGGGUAUUAAGGUGAAGCUGACGGUGGUGGACACACCUGGCUUUGGGGACUCCGUGGAUUGCUCAGACUGCUGGCAGCCUGUGGUGCGCUACAUCGAGGAGCAAUUCGAGCAGUAUCUGAGGGAUGAGAGCGGCCUGAACCGGAAGAACAUUCAGGAUUCCCGUGUUCACUGCUGCCUCUACUUCAUCUCCCCCUUUGGCCGAGGGCUCCGGCCCCUAGACGUGGCCUUCCUCCGGGCAGUGCACGAAAAGGUCAACAUCAUCCCGGUCAUUGGCAAAGCAGAUGCCCUGAUGCCGAAGGAAACCCAGGCCCUCAAGCAGAAGAUCCGGGACCAGCUGAAAGAGGAGGAAAUCAACAUCUACCAGUUCCCUGAUUGUGACUCUGAUGAGGAUGAAGACUUCAAGAGGCAGGAUGCAGAAAUGAAGGAAAGCAUCCCUUUCGCAGUGGUUGGUUCCUGUGAGGUUGUGAGAGACGGCGGGACCCGUCCGGUGAGGGGACGUCGCUACUCCUGGGGUACCGUGGAGGUGGAGAACCCACAUCACUGCGACUUCCUGAACCUGCGACGGAUGCUGGUGCAGACCCACCUGCAGGACCUGAAGGAGGUGACCCACGAUCUGCUCUACGAGGGCUACCGGGCCCGCUGCCUGCAGAGCCUGGCCCGGCCUGGGGCUCGUGAUCGCGCCAGUCGUAGUAAGCUCUCCCGCCAGAGCGCCACAGAGAUCCCGCUGCCCAUGCUGCCUCUGGCAGACACCGAGAAGUUGAUCCGCGAGAAAGAUGAAGAGCUGCGCCGCAUGCAAGAGAUGCUGGAGAAGAUGCAGGCCCAGAUGCAGCAGAGCCAGACUCCGGGAGAGCAGUCGGACGCUCUCUGAGGACCCCGCCCCGCCCCACCUCGGCUCCGCCUUCAGCCGGCCUCCUGACCAAUCCUGGAGCCCCAGCCCGAGAGGCCCGCCCCGGCAGGCGGCUCGCGGGCGGGCGGAUUUGCCCAGUCCCCAGUCUGUAGCCCCGCCUUUGGCCCCGCCCCAACCCCCGCCCCGCCCCUGGCUCCUCCCCGCCGCUUUUCAAUCAAGUUGUGACUUCAGUAAAGCAAUUUCAGGGAUGGGGUGGCUCAGGCUCUCCGGUGUGGGACCCUUAAUUUCGGCUCAGGUCACGACCUCAGGGUCCGGGAUCUAGCGGCCCUGGGCUCCCUGUUCAGCGGGGAGUCUGCUAGAUAUUUUCUCUCUCUCUCCCUCCCUCUGCACCGCCCCCCCCACGCCUUGCUCGCGCGCUUUCUCUAAUAAAUCGUUAGAUCUUAAAUAAUAAAAAAUAAAAGCAGUUUCCCUGAG